UUGUGAAACAUGGGAAAUGUAGUUUCGCUCGGAGGUUUUUUUUUUUUGUUUGUUUUAACCUCGGCGAAACUGCGCGGGGUUAGGACAGGUUUGUUGGAAUCAGUCGGCUACCCCGUGGCUCCGCCGCAAAGGGCUUCUUUUUGCCCCUUGCGCAUGGCCGGGAGCGCAACAGAAGCGUGGGGGAUCAGUAGCUCUUGGCUAAGGGAAUUGACCUUGCACUUAAACAGUGUCCUAAGGCUUGGCGAACAUUGGCCUCCCUGGGCGAGGGAGGAGGUCCAAAGUCCUUAUCCUCGGUUAAAUGACCUGCCCCAGGUCAUUCAGCUGGAAGGUGUCAAGGUUGGGGUCUCCCAACUUCCCCCAGGGAGCCUGGGGCUGUUCUGUGGGAUCCCUGCGUCCUGUACCUCUUCAGUGAGAUAAUAGGGACCUCCAAGUUUGCAAAGCGCUUUACAAGUGUGAUUCUUACAGCAGCACCAAAGAGGUAGACCCAAUGAUCAUCUUCAUUUUACAGAUAAGCAAACUGAGGCAGAGGUUACGUGACUUUCCUAGGGUCAUACAACUAGUACAUGUCUAAAGUAGGAUUCCAUCCUGCCUCCCUGAUUCCUGUCCACUUUGUCACUCUCCCGGGUAAUGAAGCCAAACUGAGUAAGAUGCUUUGCUUGCACCAUGAUACUAGUUUGGCUUGUGGCUCGAAGAUCUGGGUUAAAAUCCUGACCAAAAUCCUAGGAGACUUUAGGUACUUAUUCUGUUACUCCAUCUCUAAAAGGAGGGGUUGGACUAAAUGAUCCCUAAUAUCUCUUCCAGCUCUAUAUUUAUGAUCUUAAAAUUCACAGCCUUUUAAUUAUGGGAAAGUCAUAUUUCCAUCCAAAACACAGUUAAAGUAAACAAAAAAAAGUAUUUGCCUACCCCUCAUGCCUGGACUCUGUCCUCCUUGCCAUCUCCAGACUUCCCAGGAUUCCUUUAAGGCCUAACCAAAAUGUCAUCUUCUAUAGGAAGCCUUUCCGAGUCACCCUUCUUUCCAGCCUGCACUCAAUUAUUUUCUGUUUACCCUGUAUGUAGCUUGCUUUAUUUGUUUGCUUGUUUCUUCCAUUACAUUAGAAGCUCCUUGAGAUCAGGGACUACUUUUGCCUUUUUCUGUACCCCAUUGCUUAUGUCUGGUACAGAGGAGGCAUUUAAGAAAUGUUUAUUGAUUAAAAAGUAAUAUUUGUAUGAUCUACCCCAAAGGAUGUAGGAGGAGUACUUUGGAAUCUCUGAGGGGUCAGACUUCAGAAAUAGGUUUCCCUGCAUUGUGCUAGAUUUGGAGCCAGUACAGGAGUUUCCUGCACCCAUGAAAUCCCAGGGCCAGGCCAGAUCCAACACUGGAAGGAGCCUUGGAAAUUCUGGUGCCCAACCCAUUUUAUAGAUGAGCAAAUGGACCCUAAAGAAAUGAAGGGACGUGGCCAGGGUCUCCCAAGCAGCCAAGGCAGAAUUCUGGCCCUCUGAGAGUAAGGCAGUGUUCCCAGGUGGUCUAAAGCUCAGAGCCAGGAUGUGGGCAGUGGAAAGAGCCUUCCUUGCAUUUGACAGUGGGGGGCAUGGGAGCAGAAUGGGGGUAUGAAGGAGGGAGGCCUGAUUCUGGAUGCUCUCCUGUAGCACCCCACUUGCUACAGCCUCUGUAGUGCUUACCAUUUGUGUGUGACCUCCACCCUGUGCUACAUCCUUUGUAGGUAUCAGGUUCCUUAUCUGUUAAAUGAAGUGGUCCCAUGCAGUCACUUGUAACCAAAUCUUUAACCCUGCUUUUCCCACUCUCACUCUUGCUAGUACCUGGCAAAGCCCCAAUUCCAGAAGCUGACUCUUGGCUCUCUCCAUUGCACUGCCUUGUUGUACUGCCUUCUACUUAAUCUUUGUGACCUUUGGUUCAUUUCUCUUCAGGGUUUAAACGGAGGGAGUUGUUUUUACCUCUAGGGUUCUUGCAACUCAAGAACCUUGUAAUUCUAAGCCUUUUAAAGAAGUUAAUCAUUAGAUUUCUUAAUUGCAUAACUUGAGCAAGUAGUUAUAGUUUGAUGAGCCUCAGUUUUCUCAUCUGAAAAAUGGAUUUAAUAGGCUGCAUUACUGACUACAAAGGCUGUGAUGAAGGAAAUGGUAGUCAUAUAUAUAGGGAUCCUUUGCUAAUGUAGUUUACCUAGUGACAACUUUGUUUUAUGAAACCCCAAAUUGAACCUUGUCUCUGAUAAUCUUUCUUCAAGAAACCUCCUGACUGACCCUCAUCCCAUACUGAACAGUAAACCCUUAAAUAUUCCUUGAUCACUGUAGGUGGUUUAGCAGAUAGAAUCAAAUCUUAAGUAUUCUUUUUUUCCCCUUUUAGUUUCUCUUUUGUACGUAGCCAGCCCCCAGGUACCCCGACCUCUGCCUGUUGCAUCUAGGCUUCUCCCAGUCAGGUCCCAAAAGAGUUGGCAGGGCCGGUGCUUUCCCCUCUCUCCCAAAAGUCUCUGUAAGCAUGCGGCUUUCUGUUGUUCAUUGGAAGUUCCAAGCGUGAGGUUUUGUAGGUCUUCCCAGAUUAAUCUUCCUAUGGCCAUUAAAGACCUUUAUUAUAACUACUUUGGUAGUUGUGGGAUUUUUUUUUUCAGGUUGACACUAGGUAACUGGGAGAGUGACUGCUGAGCUUUUGGGUUACUCAGUCUUAGUGAAAGAAAGGGGCACCUGGAAUCAAGUCUGGGCUACUAGGAGAGACGUCAUGGACACCUGAAGGAAGGCCUCACAGCCCUCCCCCUUUGCCACAGCCUCUUUCAUCCCUCAGGAACCACCUGUUCCUGUGGUUUUUAUGUCUCUGCCUUACCAGAAAGCAGGCUGAAGAGCUGCUUGCCAGAAGUAUCUUGUGCAGGUUUGUUUAUCUCAAGCGUGAGCUGUCCAAUAUGCUGAAACAGAAUUUCCAUUCACUCAUCUCUCAGACUCAAGUUUUUCAUACCUUCUUUUAUUCCCCAAGCUUGGCCAUAGGCCAUUUCUACCAGCAAAAGUCUAAUCAGAGAAAGAGAAAUCCUCAAACCUUUUAAGGGAUGGAAUCAAAAGGAAACUAAGCUGCAGGCCCAAGGAAGAAAUUGAAAUAGGAUCUCAGAAUACAGUUCUGAGUUUCACAUAAAUCAUUCAAUUAAAUUGUGGGCCAGAUCCAAAGUCUUAGGUUCAACACUAAAAUUCUAUUUUCCUUUCAAUGUUUAGGGCUAUUAACUCUCUUCCUCACCCAAUGUGAUGAACAUUUUUCCUAGUUGAUACUUAAUAAAUGCUUUUUAAAAUUGAAACUGUUGAAUUUUUUUUAAACCCUUACUUUCCAUCUUGGAAUCAAUACUGUAUAUUGUUUCCAAGGCAGAAGAGUGGUAAGGGCUAGGCCAUGGGGGUGAAGUGACUUACCCAGGGUCACACAGCUGGGAAGUGCCUGAGACCAAGAUUUGAACGCAGACCCUCUCUAAGUCUGGCUCUCAGUCCACUGUGCUACCCAGCUGCCCCCUUGAAGCUGUUGAAUUUGAUAGCUUGUAUGUAAUGCUUUUUUACAUUCCCAUCAUGGUAACAAGCUCACCUUUUCUUUACAAAGAUAUUGCAGGAGUACUAGACGUGUUAAAAGUGCCUCUUUCCCCUUUUCCUUUAAGUUCUUUGGAGCAGCACUGACAUCCAAUGGUUAUUUAAAGUAAUGCAAACCCAGAAUCCCUAGUUUCCAUUAAGGUUCUAUCCUUUUACAUGGCAACUUCAGCAAUAGCAGAUUGUUCUUUACAUUUUAGUGGCAAUAUAAAGAAGGGAGCAUUGUCCUCAUGAGCAACCUAAAGAUCAAGAUGACACAGAAUAAAAAGCAUAGGCUAACAACUAAUAAUGUGUUGCAUGUAAAUGGGCAAAAAUUGUCAGCAGUGAGCUUUUUAAUGAGGAAUAACUCCUUGAAGCAUAUAACGGUGUCAUUCAUUUCCAUGGACUCCAGCUAAACUUUUCUCCUUGUGAUCUUGGUCAUGGGUGAUCCCUGCCAUGGUUCCUCAACUCUCCAGAACCAACCUGUCAAGUAGGCCAGUUGACCAAAUUAGCUUUCUCUUUCAUCUGGCACAUUUGUUUUCAGACACUACUAACUAUAGUUUGAAAAAUAUGUGACUCAUAAACAAAGAACCUCCCCCCACCCCAAUUUGAAUCAAAGGAGAGGAAGUGCUAAGCAAAUACAGGAACUAAGAGGAGGUUUAGAGAGUGCUUCAUCUAGCCUCACUCAGUUGCUUUGUGGUCUUGCAGCCCUGGGACCUGUUGGAGGUGUAGACCAUAGAUCCAUGCUUUGUGACAAUGGAAGAGCUGGAUGCUGUGUUGGAAGAACUGGAACGAUCUUCCCUCGGGGAGAGUGAUGAGGAUCCCAGACCUCUCCUGCAGCCCAGCAAUGAUGGGAAAAUGGAGGCAGCUAAGGCCUGUCCAGUCCAAAAUGACACACAGCCUGUGCCGGUGCAAGUCAGGUAUACUACAAAGUCUGAAGACGUCAAUAUCUACAGUACUGUUCAGGAGCCAGAGCCUAGGAGGCUGCCUCAGGCCACUUCUGCAGCAGCACAGCUGGAUGAGCUCAUGGCUCACCUGUGUCAGAUGCAGGCCAAGGUCAUGGAGAAGUCUGAUGGCCCCAAAGAACCACUGCCAAAGAAGAAUGAUUCCAGCGCCUCCUUGGACACUAUGCUUGGGGGAUUGGAACAGGACUUGCAGGACCUGGGGAUUGCCACCGUCCCCAAGGGCCAUUGUGCUUCCUGCCAAAAACCCAUUGUUGGAAAGAUGAUCACCGCUCUAGGUUGGACAUGGCAUCCGGAACAUUUCGUUUGUACUCACUGCAAAAAGGAGAUCGGCUGCAGCAGCCCCUUCUUUGAGCGCAAUGGCUCCGCUUAUUGCUCCCAGGACUACCACCAGCUUUUUUCACCCCGCUGUGCAUACUGUGCCGCCCCCAUUCUUGAUAAGGUGCUGACGGCCAUGGACCAGACCUGGCACCCAGAGCACUUUUUCUGCUCCCACUGUGGGGAGGUGUUCAACGAGGAAGGGUUCCUUGAGAAGGACAAGAAGCCAUACUGCCGGAGGGAUUUCCUAGCCAUGUUUGCUCCCAAGUGUAGAGGCUGCAACCGCCCUGUACUGGAAAACUACCUGUCGGCCAUGGAUGCCGUCUGGCACCCUGAGUGCUUCGUUUGUGGGGAUUGCUUCAAGCCUUUCUCCACAGCCUCCUUCUUUGAGCUCCAUGGGCAGCCCUUCUGUGAGUUGCACUACCACCACCGGCGAGGGACCAUAUGCCCAGGCUGUGAGCAGCCCAUCCGCGGCCGCUGUGUGAGCGCCAUGGGGCGUAGGUUUCACCCCGAGCACUUCGUGUGUGCUUUCUGCCUGAGCCAGCUCAACAAGGGGGUGUUCCGAGAGAAGAACGAUAAGGCCUAUUGUCAGCCAUGCUUUGUUAAGCUCUUCCCGCUCUGACUCCAACCCUUCUGGGCUCUGGGGCCUGCUCUGGGCACAGGCUAGCCUGCUCCCAGGACAGGCCUGACUGACUCAGGCCAUGCUGAGCCUUCUCCAGGCCUUCUCUCACUCCGAGCUUUUUCCUUCUAAGAAAAGCAGAACUUGGAGCUCUGUUCUGUCACUCCCUGCUUCUCCCAUGGGCCCACCUCUCUCCCAUACACAGUCUCUGCUGCUCCCUGCCCUCAGGUCUCCUUGGCCCAUCUUACUCUCUCCUGGCCCCCUGGGAUGCUGGAACUCUGAAUCCUGCCUACUGAAAAGAUGAUGGGAAACUUCCAAUUCAAACGAUAAGGCUCUUUCUCUUGGGGAACCCAUUCUCAUCAAGAUGCUCUUGGGUUCUAGCCUCCCUGAGAAAUAAAAUAGCUUGUUAUUAUGA